UCGUUGUCGUACCAGAAAAAAACCCCAUAAAAACAAAGCAUCCAUCUAUCGUAGCGUGAGGUCAAGAAGACAACCGUAUUACAUUGCGAGAAGGAAAAUCGAAUAAGAUCGCGAAAUGACGAGUUAAAAUGUCAUUAGAAAUAACAAAUAAUCAGUCUACUCACAAAAGGAGUCGUCUGAUUGGUGGACGUUUAACUUGAGGUUGCGAACGAGGCAUGAAGAUGAAGCCUUGGACCACAGUUAGCAACGACUUCGAGCUCAAUUUUAUUCGUACUGAAACAUAUUUUCAUUGUUUAUUAAAUAUCUGACGUGACGCCAUCCACAUGUGCGCCAUCAAGUUUUGCAUUGUGCAAGGAGAGGCUCCGCCGCCCAUGCAACAAGAGCCAGCCCGUCCAGCUGCAUGGUACAAACGUCACAGCCGGCGAAGGAACGUCCCCCUCACCCCACCAAACCCUCAACUGUAGUGCUAUUCUUGCACAAGCAAAGGCUAAUUGUUGUAGAAGGAAUACCACAGAGCUUGUACUGUAAGCGAUCUCAUUCAGCGGGAUGCUCUCGUUGUCUUCAGAGGGGAACAUGGUUGUGCUCGGGGCGCUCCUGAGCAUCACCGGCUGGGCGUCUCUCUACUUGGCAUUGUGUCACGCCAACGGCCGCCGCAGCGCUGAGUGGAACUGUCGCCUUGUCACCCUGCUGCAUGGCAUCCUGGUCAUUUGCAUCACGGCUUAUAUCGGCUACGUGGAUGGACCCUGGCCCUUUGCCUAUCCAGGUACAAAGAACACACCUUUGCAGAUAAGUGCCUUGUUGCUGAGCCUGGGCUACUUUCUCUUUGACAUGGCGUGGUGCGUCUACUUUGGCACCGAGGGAGCCGUCAUGCUGGCACACCACACCAUGAGCAUCCUGGGAAUCCUGCUCACCCUCUGGCUGGGCGAGUCGGGCAUCGAGGGCUGCGCCGUCCUCUUCGGCAGCGAGAUCACCAACCCGCUGCUGCAGGCGCGUUGGUUCCUCAAGCAGACGGGACGCUACGGCACGCCCCUGGCGCACACUGUGGAUGCGCUGUUCGUGCUGCUCUUCGUGCUGAUGCGGAUCUUUGUGGGAGGCACAAUGCUGUACUGUGAGCUGAUCUCGCCAAGGCCCAGAUUUUUUAUCAAGUGCGGGGGCGUGGCCAUGUACGCGCUCUCCUGGGUCUUCAUGGUGGACAUUGUUCGCUUCGCCGUCCGCAAGAUCAAGACUUGGCACGAGCGGCAGAGGGAACGACAAGAGGCCGCCAAUGGAAAGAACGAUUAAAUGCUGACAACUUCAGUGUAAUGAGAUGAAAAUGGGAGUUAAAAAUGCUUUAGGCAGUUAUUCAGACUGAACCUUUUGUUUGGUUGUUGGGGAAAAACAGCGCAGAGGAGGUUUAUGUGGCUGGAAACCAAAGCACUAGCAGAUGUUGCACUUGGUUACAAGUGUCUCUAACGGCGGCAACUGUUGGUGUGUACAUCAUGUAAUGGCCAUCAUUUUUGGAUGACUCAUUGUUGCCCGGAAUCCAAUACUGUUCGGUGGAAGCCCCAAACUUUGGAGUUCAACCAGUCUCAGCUUAAAAAAAAAAAAAAUCAAACAUUCUGGGUAAUUAGCAUGAAGUUGAAAAAGAGAAGUUUCCCACAGAAGUUUUUUAUUUCCCCUGGAACCUUUGAAUAGUGAGUAGUUUUAGUUUUGGUUUCAUCACGGGGAAUUUGGGAUUGUGGAAUGUUUCGAUGUUAAACAGCUUGAUUGUAAUUAAUGUGGCAAAAUGUUUGCAGUCCCGAGGUUGGGGGUUAAAUGAAGUAAUCCAAUAAAUGGAUUGAUUUGACUUUGAAGCUUCCACUAAAGAAACAAUGUUGCUCUUGGUUGCAAUGUUGAAUGAACAGAGCAAAAAAGUGUUCCAAAAAAAGUAGACACUGUUUACAACUUGUGAUCUUCUCAAACCAUGUGAGUCAUAUCGAAAACGUUGUGUUUUGUUUUGUAUAUGACAAACUGUGAACAGAUUUGGAAGCCUUACUCAGGGAGAAAUAUUAAACAACUUUAACUUUUUGUUUAUUUUAUUCUAAUUCAUUCAUGUUUUUUUCUUGUGUCAUAUUGCUCUGACAUACUUUCUAUUUGGUAAAAUUAUAGUUAUGAACUGUUAUUAGUUUUGGUUAAAGGUGCUAUGAGGCAAACGCUUUAAUCUUGGUUGACUGGUGAAAGUACAAUAUGUAAAUAUGUUGUCUUUACAUUUAUAAUAUUAGUGUACAGUGUUAUUUCAUUGCUUUCAGCACAAGUCUGUUUUACCCAACUGCCACAUUACCAGGUGAGGAGCAUCAUUGUGUAUAUAAGGAGAAAGUAAAAUGUCUAACUGUUCUGUGCCUUGCUAUUCCCUGUAUGAACAUUGAAAACUAGUGGCUAAAUGGGAAUUUGUGUUUGGUAAAUAAAUGUUCAAUUGCUCAGUUGUACCUCGGUGGUAGAAUUUCCAUUGAUGUCCACUAGAUGGUGCUACUGUUUAGCAGUGAUAUGACAAGUGACGUGGAUCCACAUAGAAAAGGACUGUAAAGUUAUUUACUUUGUACAGAAUAAAGUGCUUUAAAGACACUUU